GUUGUCGCCGCCGCUCGCUCCGUGAAUCGACCUGAGGCCCUCCUCGCCGUUUUUGUCUGUCUGAUCCCUCAGGUGGACCUUUUAAUACCUCCCGGCUUUCCUUGUGUGGGGGACGGUGGCCAAGCAGAGCAUUGUGCCCCUCGCCCGCUGUACAAGAUGCCAGCCAUGGAUCCUUCUCCAUUCACAGAGCCGCACACCUCUCCCUCCUGCAACGCGCAGCCUGAAAAAUAUCAGCAGAGCAAAGAAGAGAAUAGCUCGAGCAUGCCAGUUGCAGAUCAACUCGCUCCCGUCAUCUCGCCCAUCACCGAGGACAACGCGGACUAUGACGACAAAAAGCAGCAGGAGCAGUAUGAGCAACAGGAGCAGCAGAAGGGCUUUGACAAUGUCUUUGAUCUGGACCAACAACGUGCUGCAUUGACCCGGCCACCGCGCCUACUGUACGAUUUUCACGCCCGGAGAAGGUCCUUCGCGUUGAACAUAUUCUUGAUCGUAUUCUUUAACCUGUGCUGUCCGAUCCUGAUAUUCUACAUCCUGCUACAAUAUGACGAUACGCAUAAGCAUGACGACAACAAUAACAUCCUAUAUGGUGCGACGACGGCCACCCUGGGUACAUUGCAACUACCUCAAUUUGCCUAUCGCUGGUGGGUGCUUUACAAGCGCAACGGCGCACGGGAUCCUGUCCUGCUCUACGAGCCGGAAUGUGAUGGAGAGCGGGAACCGGUGCAAGGAUCGGCAGACACUCUCAAGAAGAAACGCACUCCCUUCCGCCCCCCAGGCAUCUUCGCCUGCUGGGACAUCUUCCAGGCCGGGUUCUUUGGGGGUAUCGUCGUAGGUACCUCCGCGCUUGUAUCCGCCUGCUCGCUCUUUGGCGACCACGGAUACUUCCCGCUGCUGGCGUUGUCCCCGCCGAUCAUCUUUGGCUACAUCGGCCUGGCGAUGCUCGCGACGGGCAUUGCGCACGCCACCCGAUGCACGAUGCCGUGCGCCAUGUUUGACCGCCCACGCGGCGAGCGCGUCCGCCCGGGUCUCGGUUAUAUCUGGCCCGACCUCGUCGCGCUCGACGGCGGCGGCGGUGUGGAGUUCCGGAACAGCUUCAGCCGCCGCUACGACGCCAGCUUGCCGUUCCGCCGCAUGGUCGCCACGCUCAACUGGAUUAUCGCAGUCGGCUUGACGCUGCAGCUCGCGCCGGAGAUCGCCUUGGCCACGCUCGUGCACGACCGCAUGAUCGUCUACGGAACUAGCUGGGCCAUCCUCACCAGUAUCAUGCUCCUCCAGCUCGCGGCCUCGCUCAUCUACGCCAAGCGCAGCUUUCGCAACGAACACGAGUGGUGGGUCACGCGACAGCAAUAAGUCCUGCUGCCGAUUACGACAGACUCUUGAUUAUCGCUAUCAAUCUUGUGUUGUAUUCGUACGUUUCUCU